CCGCCUUGAACCUCCCACCUCCACUUCCUCCACCUCCUCCACCUCCACACCACUCCACACUCGGCGCUUGGACAUCCGACUCUCAACCUUCAACUCUCAACCUCCCCAACCCGCAACGGCACCGGGGCUUUCCCCCGCUUAGCCAACGACCACCAACGACCGCCAACGACCACAGGGCGCACCUGCAACCGCAAUCAUGGGCAACAAUCCGUCCACCUCGUCCAAGCCCGUGACGCCGACGUCCUCUACGCCGUCGGUGUCGGCUCCGGGCUCGGGCCACGACUCGCCCCGCCAGCACCGUAAGGACGCCCGCAACAUCAUCCCCGGCCACACCCACCGCUCCGCCGCGCCGCCGGAGCCCUCGCUCGCCCAGGCCCAGGGCUCUACCAUCGUCAACCGGCCCAAGAGCCUCCCCACCACCGCCGUCUCGUCCCUCAGCGGCUCCCCCCACAGCAACACCUCGGGCCCCGUCAAGCCCGCCGCCGCCGCCGCCGCCGCCGUCGAGGCCAAGCCCGCCGAGGCCAAGUCCGCGAUUCGUGACGAGCCCUCCAAGCCCGUCGCCGUGCCCUUUGAGUCCUCCUCGCUCCGCUCUCACCACUCGGCCCAGGCCGAACUCCCCCUCGUCUCCAACAGCAGCAUCACCGACAUGUACCUGACUCGCCCCCCGCGAUUGCCCCUCCCCAUCGAGGAGGAGGUCCACACCCCCGGCUCCCCGAUCCUCGCUCCCGAGCAGGAAACAGAUCUCCCGGACGUCGAGCACAUCGAUUCUUCAGACGGCAUGACACGCAAGAGCUCCGCCCUUAGCGCAACCACUGUCGACGAGGAGGAGGGCGAGGAGCUGCGCGUCGACAAGACCCGGCCUACGGUCCCGACCAAGCUCGAGUGGCGUCGCGGAGGCGAUAAGAUCUACGUGACGGGUACAAUAUUCCAGUGGAAUCGAAAGCAGCGUCUCCAUCCAGUAGAGGGCAACCCCGGUUGCUUCGCAGCCACCAUCCACAUCCUCCCUGGCACUCACCAUGUCCGCUUUCUGGUGGACGGUAUUAUGCAGACGUCUCCGGAUCUGCCCACCACGGUCGACUUCGGAAACAACCUCGUCAACUACAUCGAAGUCAACCCCGACGACGCCCUGCAGGUCAUCCCUCCGCUGCCGGCGCCCAAACCCACCGAGGUCGAGCCCGCGACCCAGACGCAGGAGCAUCAGCCUAUGCCCCAUCAACCCCAGCCGUCCAAGGGCAGGGAAGCGCUUCCCCUCGAGAGUUACCGCCACCCGAUCCCAGCGUACCUGGUGGACUUUGACCAGUCCGAGGACUCGGUCGCGUAUCAGUAUGCCGUCUCAGCCAUCGAGAAGUUGCCCAACCCGCCUGGUCUUCCAGGCUUCCUCAGCAAGCCCGUGUUGAACGCCGCGACUUUGAUGAAGGACGACAACAGCGUCCUCAACAUGCCCAACCAUACCAUUCUGAACCACCUUGCUACCAGCAGCAUCAAGAACAACAUCCUCGCUGUCUCCGCGACAACUCGAUACAGAAACAAGUAUGUUACAACGAUCAUGUACAAGCCCACCUCGACAGACGAGGGCUAAGAAAAGACUUGACUCGGAGCUAAAGCAUUGCUUGCCGAGAAAUGGAUUGCCUCAGGGCAACGUGGAUUUAAUGGACCAUCUAUCUUCGGUUGCUACUUUGGAUGUAGGAGUGGAAUAUAUCUGGCAUGAAUCUUAUGAGAGAACGGGGUCGCAGGAUAGGGAUGGACCCUCAAUUGCCA